CGUAGUAGGUGUGGUCGAUUUGGUUGUUGUCCUCAAGGAGGUAGUUGGGUGGAAGUUGUGGCAUUGGGGGGAAGGCCCCGGAGGUGACUUGGGAAUAGGUGGGACGGAUGGUGGGGAUGGUGGAGGUGGUCAUGAUGGGUUGGGAGAGGGUUUGGGAGUGCGGGGGGUGAAGAGGGGUGACUUUGAUGGGCGGGGAACGAGGCGGUGUGCUGGAUGCGCCGGAUGAGGGAGGAGGUGGAGGGAACGGAACGAUGGUGGGGAUUGAAGGGUUGGUGGAUACGGUGGUAGAGGUGGUAGGAGUGGAGGAGGUCGGCGGGGGGGUGUUGCUAGAGGCGGCUGUGGAGGUUGGAGUGGUUUGCACUGUGGAGGUUGGAGUAGUUUGCGUGGUGGUGACGACCGUGAUGGGGGGGGUGGUCCCUUCGAGCGUGGUGACGCGGUCGCAUAAGGAUGACACGUUGGCCUUUAUGUCGUCGAGAGAGGCGGUGACGGAGUUAAGUGCGUGGAGGAUGGAAGAGAGGUCGGGGGUGGCGGUGUUUGCUGGUGGUUGUUCGCCGGCGAGGUUGCGGGCGAUGCUAUCCACUGAGUCGGCGCGGAAAGAGCCCAUGUUGAUUCUGGAAGCACCGUCGGCCAUUGGGGUGGACGARUGUGAGGCGGCGGGGGAAGACGGGGGGGAGGAAGUAACAGCAGCAGGGGAGGCGGUAGCAGCAACGGCGGCAAUGGCAGCAGUGGCGGCCGCGGCAGCGGCGUUGGCGGCGGCGCGUUGGGAGUUUCUGGUGCUGCGGCGGGAACGACUGUUCACCUGGGAGACCGUGAUCGGUGAUGAGACCACACAUUGGGUGGAAAUGGCAUCUGCGGACGAGGCCUCAGAGACUGACAAAGGGCUGUCAGCCGUUGCGCAGAUCUCCCACGACCUCGUGGCCACGUGCGCUCUGCAGCAGGAUGAAAUCUUUCACUUGCAACAGACAGUGGACCAGAUGCUUGCACGACUGCAGGCGUUGGAGAAACAGCCAGUUGCUGCAGCAGCCGCAGGGCCUUCUAACCUUGCCACCCGUGUUCAAGCUUUGGAGGAUGACGUUAGCAACAUCAAGCGGGUGCAUCAGGACUUCCGGACGUCACAGCAAGCAAUGAACUUGCAGUUGGAGACGCAGGUCCAGGCCGCUGCUACCGUGACGCCCGCGGUCGCAUCCUCCCGACGCCCACCCAAACUGGAUGACCUUCCAGUUUUCUGCGAUCAGUCCAAGACGGACCCGAUCCCGUGGUGGCGCCAGUUCACUCUCAGGCUCGACAUGCACCAUGUCCUGAACAACGAUCGACAUGCGUGUUUGUACCACGGAUCUGGUGGUGCAUGUCAAGCAUGGCUGGACAAUAUAUUGACCAGCCACGGCAUAGCAGUGUCGGAACUGCACACCAAGCUCACUUGGCAGGAGCUGACUGACGCCUGGCACAAGCGAUUCCAAGUGCAGCCGCCCGACCUGCAGGCGAUGGAGAAGCUCAACAAGCUCCAUCAGAACUCGCUCCUCAGUCAGGACUGGAUUACCGAGUUCCAAAGACUCGCCUUCACACCCGACCUGCCGCUCUCAUUCCGCGGCUUCAAGCACUUGUUCAUCAUGCGCUCGUGUCCAUCCCUGCAAAACGCGCUGACGCAGAUUGCAAAGACACUCGAGACGUCGGACAAGCUUUUCAGCGCAUCGUCACGGAUCAUUCUCACGAAUGUAGAGGCCCGCAACGCCGGUCGAUCUUCUGCGACGUCGAGCAGCAACCGACCCAAGCCAAAGGUGGCUUGCAUUGCGGCCACUUCGCCAACUUCUUCUACCGAGGCUGCAACACCAAACGAGGGUGAUGUGUUGGCAGCUGCCCGGGAUGGUGGCCGGUCGCGCAACAAUCACGGCCGCGACAAGACGAAGACUCAGUCCACCUCUUCACCGGGCACCGGAUCAGCAGCCGACGAACCCUGGCUCCAGUACGGACUCUCGGCGAACAACUACCACACGAGACUCAGGUACCAUUAUUGUCUUUGCUGCACAUUGCCCCACGAAGGGCAAACCCCGUUCGGGAAAGUAGGCGCCGCCGAGGGUGACUCGACACCUCCCUCGACUCCAUCGGAAGCGGUUGUGCGCACGACCGCCCUUUCUUCCGAGGCAUAUGCGGAUGUCGGGAGUCUUCCACUUUCGUUCGAAGAUUUCGCUGCCCGGCUCGUUCCUUCGCUGGACGCUUCUCAAGGACAAGAUACGUGUGCGGCUUUCUCACCGUCCGAGGGUUCUUCCGUCAGUUCGUCUUCAUCAAGGGAUUCGGCAAGCGUGUUCAACGAGGAGGUUUUGGACCCUCUCACGCCCGAGGAUUUCGCUUGGGUUCCUCUCCCUACGACGGGCAGCCUUCCGGGACCGCAAAGUGCAGCACUAUGCGCCCUCUUACAGGAGUAUCUCUCCUUCCAUGCACCACCAACUUUGCCGACGGUAGACGAAGUCGCGGUGGGGGACAUGCUUGGCUAUGCUGCCAAGGUGGCCCGCGAGUUUGCCUUGCAACGGCGGACGGCUCCAGCGGCAUCAAGUACAGCUACGGCAGUACCGGUUACCACCGGGGCUCUUCCUGCAUGUCCGGUCCAAGGGGCCCUUGAACCAUUGGCUGAUUACCUUCGGCGGCUACAGGCAUUUACGGAUGCCGUAGCUACCGCUAAGGCACAGCAGGAGGCAGCAGAGGCAGAACGUCAGCGGCUGGCCAAUGAGGCGGCAGCCCAAACUCAGCGGACUGCUGAGGCUGACGCACCGGCACGAGAUAGACGGAAUGCCGCCAGCACGGAGUCCCUGAUUCAAAAUGAGAAUCAGUGGACAACGCUACUCCAAGGCAUGAUCUUUGUGCCUACGGACGCGCAGGCGGAUCCGACACCGGCGGAGGCAGAGAGAAGUAACCUGGCUAACUUGAUGCUGAGCAUGAUGAGGGGAGUAAUGUGGAACAACAAACUGCUGCAGGCACACCUGCUCACGGAACGACAGCACAAACAGAAGCAGCAGCAAGACAUUGCCGCGUUAACAGCUGCCGUCCGCGCCGCAGCAACACAGCAGCAGCAACAGCAUCAGCUGUUGAACUCCACUCUCGCAUGCAUCAACAGCAUCGAGGCUAAGGCCUCAGCAGCGCCAGGCUGCACGACAGACACGGCGAAGCAGCUCGGGGAGCGCAUCGACCAUGUCGUCACGAUAAUCGGCGAACUAGGUGCCUUCACCAGUCCGGCCACGAUCAGCAGCACGGUGGCCGCCAUCAAGACGGACAUCACCAAACUGCAGUCGCAACCGGCAACAGCUGCGAAGGUAUACAAGAUGCCACGCUUCAACAUCGGCAAGUUCGAGGACUACAACAAGACCAACGCUUUGACAUGGUGGCAAGCCUUCCUCACCAAAGCGUCCUGCCACAAGGUCCCAGCCGAAGACAUGAUGAAGGUACUAUACCUCCAACUCAAUGGAGGUGCGCAGGCGUGGACGAACCACCUCGCAGUUAACAAGGGAACCACUAUCGCCGAGCUACACAAACACCUCACGUGGGAGGAUUUUGAACAGCUGUGGUUCACUCGAUUCAUGGUCCGCAACGUUCUGAAGGCGGCCAUGAACGAGGUCUACACUUGCUCACAAGGAAGCAUGCCAACUCGAGACUGGACGAUCAAGUGGCAGAAGAUAGUGACCACGCCAGGCUUCGAUUUGAGCUUCCCAAACCAACGAUCCGAGUUCUUCUCGCGAUCGUGCGCAGGACUGCGAACCGCACUCGGCAACGAGUACGAUUAUGCCUCAUUCCAGUCUAUUCUGGAUCGUGCGAACCUGGUCAUCCAAACGGACGACAAGGCCGCUAACGAGAAGCAGUCCCAGCCGCACUAUGUGGCUAAGCAGGGCCACCAACGACCGACACAUAACAAUGCCGUGAUUUCUGAAGAAUCAGUCGAUCUCCACGCUGCAGCAGCAUCCUCGAGUGAUGGAGGAACUGUCGCAGCGCUCCCGCCGAAGCGUCCCAAGAGAGUUCGAAAGAAACCGGCGACACAAGCGACGACAUCGACGGGAACUGGGCAGCAGCCAUGGACGGCAUACAACACAACCAAGGAAGUAUUUGACUUGCCCUGUACACCGUCGGCAAGUGAUCCGGUCAGCUCGCCACUGAUUUUCGAGGACUCGACGGCGUGGUCAAGACUUGAGGAGCUUGACCCGCUCACGAGAGAGGACUUCACUUGGAUGCCUCUACCCUCAACCGGAACAUUGCCAAGGCCACAUUGCAACGCCUUGAUGACAAAUCUACGCUCUUAUUUGCACGCUACAGUACCAGCUCCGUUGACGGACGACGGGGUAGCGGUUGUCGAUCUCCGCUCCUAUCUUGCGAAGAUUGACCGCGAGUACGCCACCCUAAGGUACGCCGAAACCGACGCUCCUUUGCUCUAUAUCCGCAUUCAAAUCGGAAAGGCAACCUGUAGUGCCUUGAUUGACUGCGGAGCGUCUCGCAACUUUAUGAGCCAAGCCUUUAUGGCCCACGCAGGCCUUGGCCCGCGCGUUCGAUGGAAGACGCAACCUACGCAAGUUACACUUGCGGACGGCCGCACGCAAAAGUCAAUUGACCGAUGCGUCGAUGACGUUCCGGUAUACUUUGCGCCACUUGCGUGCGAGCCGGUGUCUUUUGACAUCCUCGACACCAAGUUCGACAUGAUUCUAGGCAUGUCUUGGUUGCAUAACGCCGAUCAUCCGGUGAACUUCCACGACCGGACCGUUCACAUCCGUGAUCGGAACGGAGUGUUAGUCCCAUGUACGGUCGCGACCCCACACACUUCGAUUGCUUGUCACGUGGUUUCCGUUGCGAGAAUUCGCGACGCCAUAGCUCGCAAUGACGUCGAGGAGAUGGGCCUUGUAUUCUUGCAUGCUCUCCCCUCGCCGGACGGACCAGCCGCGUCACCGCCAGACCCACGCAUUUCUCACCUCUUGGACGAGUAUGGAGACGUCUUCGAGGCUCCCACCGGAACGGUUCCGGAUCGGCCCAUACGUCACGGGAUCACUCUCGAGGCUGGCGCCGUCCCUUCGCGUGGAUGCAUUUACCGCAUGAGCGAAGAGGAACUCGAGGUGCUUCGCGCACAACUCGACGACCUCCUGGACAAGGGCUGGAUUCGCCCUAGUUGUUCGCCUUACGGUGCCCCUGUUCUCUUCGUCCGGAAGAAGAACAAAGAUCUACGGUUAUGCAUCGAUUAUAGAAAACUUAACGCACAAACCGUAAAGAACGCCGGCCCUCUCCCUUGGAUCGAUGAUCUCCUUGAGCGGUUAGGCGGCGCGACGUACUUCCUGAAGUUGGACUUGAAGUCGGGUUACCACCAGAUUGAAAUCCAGCCUCAAGAUCGCGUCCUCAUCUACCUCGAUGACAUUUUGGUUUAUAGUAGGACAUUGGACGAGCACAUCGUACACCUUCGCGCUGUUUUGGAUUGUUUGCGACUGGCCAAGUACAAAGCGAACCUCGACAAAUGCGAGUUCGCCAAGCAGGAGCUUGAGUACUUGGGUCACUAUGUUACGCCGAAAGGCAUUCGUCCCUUAGCGGACAAGAUCCAAGCCAUCGUGGAUUGGCCGGAACCCCAUUGCACGACGGAUGUACGCUCUUUCAUGGGUUUGGCUGGAUAUUAUCAGAGAUUCGUCGAGUCAUACUGGAAAGUGGCCGCCCCCUUGUCGAGACUCCAGUCCCCAAAGGUGCCCUUCGAGUUCGACGAUGCAGCCCAUGGCGCGUCCACUACGUUGAAGGCAGCGAUGCAAGCCGCACCUGCCCUCCGUAUAUACGACCCCACCCUUCCCACCCAAGUGACUACGGACGCUUCGGGAUACGGUAUUGGUGCGGUGUUGGAACAGUGUCACGAGGACGGUUGGCAUCCGGUCGAGUAUUUCUCCCAAAAGGUGCCUCUCGUCAACACCCUCGAGGACGCUAGGAAGAAAGAGCUACUCGCGUUCAUCACCGUUCUCAAAUGGUGGUGCCACUUUCUUCUCGGCCGUCGGCGUUUUAAAUGGAAUACGGACAACAAUCCGUUGACCUUUUAUAAAACACAGGAUACAGCCACUAACACGAUCGGUCGAUGGAUGUAUUACAUCGACCAGUUCGACUUUGAUCCGUGCCACAUUCUCGGUCCCGCCAAUCGAGCCGCGGACGCCCUCUCACGACGGCCCGAUUUUUGUGCCAUUGUGACCACGACAUUCGACCUCGAUGACGAUUUGUAGCCGCAUUUCGUCAAAGGCUACAAGUCCGAUCCGACUUACUCUACACUUUACGCGGAGCUUUCAUCG